ACAUUAGCACACCCCUUCGCUGUCACUCAUUCUUCCCCCGACCCUCUUCCUUCUCCUCGAUUUCCCUCCACGUUCCCUGCUCGUCUCCUUUCCUUUCUCUCCUUCACCCACUCGUUUGUCUGUUCCGAACCCACAAGACACAGUAUCCAGCGACUCCCGACGGCUGGCACUCACUCUACGUCGUCGCCGAUUCUCCUCGCCCAGCGCAAUCGAAAUACUCGCAUGAUACGCCGACCGAGAACGAUCGCGCCGCAUCUUCGAGGGAAUUGACUUUCCUGCCCGGUCCCCUUUCCUUUCCUCCGUCUCACCCAGUCGUUCGUCUCAAACAUAACGUCAUCCGACCUUCACCACCAUGAGGCACUCCCUUAUCGCCCGUGUUGCGACAGCACUUCUCGCCUCCAGCGGUUUCGCCAACGCCUACUACUCCAUCGCCUCCGAUGAUGACAUCAGGUCAGCGGGCAAGGACCUUGCGUAUGAUCUCAUGAAGUUCUACGAUGGCAACCUGACGGGCCACACGCCCGGUAUCUUGCCUGGCCCUCCGCCUGCUGGCGAUUACUACUGGUGGGAGGCCGGUGCCAUGUGGGGAACCAUGAUUGACUACUGGCACUGGACGGGCGAUUCCACCUAUAAUGACGUCGUCAUGCAAGCCAUGCUGCAUCAGGUCGGACCCAACCGUGAUUACAUGCCGCCCAACUACACGGCCUCGCUGGGUAACGACGACCAAGGUUUCUGGGGCAUGUCCGCCAUGACCGCUGCUGAGGAUGGCUUCCCGAACCCGCCUGAAGACCAGGCCCAAUGGCUUGCCCUGGCCCAAGCCGUCUUUAACACCAUGGCCAGCCCGGAUAGACAUGACAAUACGUGUGGAGGCGGUCUCCGUUGGCAGAUUCCCUUUUCCAACAACGGAUACAACUACAAGAACAGCAUUGCAAACGGCUGCUUCUUCAAUAUUGGCGCCAGACUCGCUCGCUACACCAAGAACCAGACCUAUGCUGACUGGGCCGAGAAGACUUGGGACUGGAUGAGGGGCGUGGGCUUCAUGGACGCCGACUAUAACAUCUACGACGGUGGUCAUGUCGAGCAGAACUGCACCGACAUCAACAAGGCCCAAUUCUCUUACAACAACGGUGUUUUCCUCCUCGGCGCCGCCAUGAUGUACAACUACACGGACGGCUCUGAUAAAUGGAAGACACGCCUUGACGGUCUCCUCAAGGCCACCUUCAGCUUGUUCUUUCCGAACAACAUUGCUGUUGAGGUUGCUUGUGAGGAGCACAACACUUGCACCACUGACAUGUUGAGUUUCAAAGGCUACGUUGCUCGGUGGUUGUCGAUCGUGACCCAGGUCGCACCCUAUACCGCCCCGACGGUGCUACCAAUCCUCAAGACCUCGACGGAAGCUGCUGUCAAGCAGUGUACAGGGCAAGCCAACCAGCGAACGUGCGGCUUCAAAUGGAGUUCAGGCGUCUAUGAUGGCACUAUUGGAGUCGGCCAGCAGAUGAACGUUCUAGCUGCGGUAUCUUCCCAACUCAUCAGCGAGGCCAAGCCCCCAUUGACGAAUACCACGGGCGGUAUCUCCAAGGGAGAUCCCAACGCCGGAAGUCACUCGGACAACCUACUAGGAGAGGAGACCCCAAUAACAACGGCGGACAAGGCCGGCGCCGGCAUCCUCACCUUUUUGGUGCUGGCAUCUGCCGCCGGCACCUUUGGCUGGAUGAGUUUCGGGGCCUGAAAAACUGGGCGACAAGCAUUUAACGACUUGAUUUUCUUACCGUUUGUUCAUAUACACAGCAGCGCCACAGCUCUGCUGACGAGUUGUUCUCGUAAUAGGGAUGUACAGGCGUCAAGGCCGAGGAAGGCCUAGGGGUGUUGUUUGGUUACUUCGGCGUUAGCUUUUCUUGUGUAUGCACCCCACAGGACGGUGGGCAAUGCAGUCCAUGAGUCCUGUUCCCUUCUCCUCCCUCUAUGCGGCGGUCGUGGAUGUCAGAUAAGUCGCGACUGUGCGAGGGAGCCCUGUAGUCUAUAAUGUAGCAAUGCUGCUGCCCACAUAGUCUUGAAUAGACGCAUUGUCUCAUUAGGACGACGAUACCCUGCGUUGAAUUCGGAUCCGAGAGGAUGCCGUCUUUUGGUAUAUUGUGAAACGG